CCGUUGUCCAUCCCAUGUCAUGCUGCUGCUGAGCCCACCCCACCACCUCAGUCCAGGGCCUAUAAGACCCGCAGUCCAGCCUCAGCCCUCCACAGUGCCUCUCAGCCUCCAUCCAGACGCCCAGAGACAGCCUGGAAGAAGGGAGCUCAUCCAGACCCUGUUCAGCCAGGACAGCAGCACCACUCCUGGGAAGAGCAUAACAGACUUUAGCUGAGAUCCCCUGGGGAUAGGGUCUCGGAGCGCAACGCUGAAGCUGGAAAACUCUUGGAGAAGCAACCACCCAAACUAAAACCAUGGAGAACAACUUUUCUCUCCUGAAUGCAACCCACUCCUUCUACACGCCCACAACUGACAACCCCUCCUCUCCGACGACAUCGCCCCCCUGCCCAGCCUGGCCCUCCCUGGCCCAGAACAUCCUCAUCCCCUCCCUCUACGGCAUCAUCUGUGCCCUGGGCAUCGUGGGCAACACUCUGGCCCUGUGUUUGCUGGCUCAGGCCGGAGGAGGCAGGAGGACGGUGGCCAACACCUUCAUGUUGAACCUGUGUGUGUCCGACCUCCUCUUCCUCCUCUCCCUUCCCCUGUGGGCGGUGUACUACUCCCUGGGCUACCAUUGGCCGUUCGGCUGGCUGGCGUGCAAGCUCUGUGGUGGCCUUCUGUCCCUCAACCUGUACGCCUCCAUCUUCUUCAUCACGUGCAUGAGCGUGGAUCGCUACCUGGCCAUCGUGCGUCCACUCCACGCCCAGGGCACCCGGGACCCGCGCCGCGCCCAGCGGGCCUGCGUGCUGGUGUGGGUGCUGGCAUUCGCCAGCUCCGCCCCCACCCUGGUGCUGAGGGACACCCGCCACGUGGAGGAGUUGGGGGUGGAGGCGUGCGUGAUCCUGUACCCCCAUCACGGCUGGUUUCUCAGCCUGGCCUGGAUGAAGAUGCUGCUGGGCUUUCUGUUGCCCAUGGCGAUCAUCACUUCCUGCUACUGCGCCAUCGCCAGGCACCUGAUGCUGGGGGGCCCCGGCCUGGGGGUCAAACGUGGGGCAGACAGUAAAGCACAUCAGUCAACAGACAACUUUACUAAAGCAGACUCCUCACCACGACUGCCUGUCACAAGCCUUGGCCAGGAGCCCCCAGUGAGCUCCGACCGCAGGCCCUCCGUCCCCUGCUCCGUCAGGCCUCUGGAGGGCCGGGGGCUGGAACGGGUCCUCUGGACGGUUGCGGCCGUGGUCCUGGCCUUCUUCUUGUGCUGGUUCCCCUUCCACCUGCUGACCCUUCUGGACGUGCUGCAGAGCCUGGGUGUGGUGGAGGAGUGCUGGGCUCACUGGGCCCUCGCCACCCUGCUGCCCCUCAGCCUCAGCCUGGGCUUCUCCAACUCAGCCAUCAACCCUGUCCUCUACUGCUUCCUGGGGAAGCACUUCCGGGGCCGCCUGGGGGGGAUGUGGGAGGGCUUGUGUGUGUGUGUGACGGCCCAGGGGGAGGCCCGUGUGCAGAAGAGGGGCUCCUUCAGCACCAGACUCAGCUCCUUCUCCAGGAAGCAGAGUGAGACCUCUGGCCCCACAUAGAGACCCCACCCUCCUUGACAGGGAAGGUGACCCUGCAGAACAGACUGUCCGGGUAAAACCAUAACCUACAGAACCACCGAAUGAACUUCUCUCUAUGGCACUGAGCAGUGAGCACACACACACACACACACAAAAACACUUUCUUUGUACCCAGCAAAGAACCCAGCUAUGAGGCUGGGCUCAUUGUAAUGAUUGACUGUGUCACAUUCCUGGAACUCUGAAGACUGACAAGAAACUGAGAUUGAAUCUAUAAUCAACAUUUAAAAAAGGGCUGUCUCAUGUCAAGAGAUUCACCAUGUAUUUAAAAGUAUGAUGUAUUAUUUGGUAUAGCUUCUUGACACACAUUGUUACCUGUUCUUCUGAAUUUUUAUUUGAAAUAAAACAAUUAUAUACA